CUUCAAUCUCGAGGCAGCGCAUGGCCCGGCUUGCGCUGCACUGCACGCCAUCACACUAUAAGUGCACCAUACAGACAUACCCUUCUUCACCAGGGUGCCAUGUCAGAGGAAAAGGAAGGCCUUCCCGCAGAAUCCGGUAGUCAUAUCUCCAGCCUGCCAGAGAUAGACACCGUCAUUGAUGGCGUCGAUCCAGUCUAUGCAGCGAAAGCUGGAGUCUUGAACCAAGCCGUCCAAGAAAUCGGCAUGGGUCGGUACCAAUGGCAACUCUUUUGCGUCGCCGGCUUUGGCUGGGCCGUUGACGGCUUGGGCCUCGUAAUCACCUCCCUCAUCCUCACACCUAUUACAAACGAGUUCAGCGUCUCUCGCCCUGCCCUCCUCACCCUGGCGUCGAAUAUCGGCUUGCUCGCUGGGGCUGCUUUCUGGGGUGUGGGAUGCGAUAUCUUUGGCCGACGAGUAGGCUUCAACACUACGCUGUGUGUUGCCUCGGUCUUCGCCCUCAUAGCCGCUUCUUCGCCAAACUUUGCUGCCAUUGGGGUCUUCACUGCUCUCUACAGUUUCGGUGUGGGCGGGAAUCUUCCGAUAGACAGUGCUAUCUUUUUGGAAGCACUUCCGCACGAUCACCAAUGGCUCCUCACGGUGCUUGCUCUGUGGUGGGCUGUAGCUCAGCUUAUCGCGACAGGCGUAGCUUGGCCGCUCAUGGGACAGCUCACAUGCCAGCAAGACCAAGCUAUCUGCAGCCGCGGGGACAACAUGGGCUGGCGGUACUUUCUCAUCGCUAUGGGCGGAUUGACUUUUGUCAUGUGGCUCAUUCGCUUUUUCAUCUUCAGCCUGUUGGAAAGCCCUAAAUACCUCAUGGGGAAAGGGAAAGACGAGGACGCGGUUCUGGUUGUUUAUGAACUGGCUAGAAGAAACGGCAAAGUCACGACCCUAUCUGUACAGGAUCUCACAGCGUGCGAACUACUGGCGGGUCCCGAAGCGAGGGGGGAGAUGGAUUUGAGGGCAGCGGUCAAGAGAACGCUUUCGGUCGUUGACGGGGCGCAUGUCCGAAGGUUGUUUGCUUCAAGAAAGCUUGCUCUCAGUACCUCUAUGAUCAUUGGCAUCUGGGCACUCAUUGGCCUUGCUUCUCCGUUAUACAACAACUUUAUAACAUACACUCUGGCUACGAAGGGUGCGACGUUCGGCGACGGCUCGACCUACAUUACUUAUCGCAACUCUUGCAUCAUCUCUUCCCUCGGCGUCCCCGGUGCAAUCAUCGGAGGCCUCCUCGUGGAGAUCAAUCUUGUCGGACGAAAGGGCACCUUGGCCAUCUCCGCCAUUCUCAACGGAGUACUCAUCUAUGGUCUCACGACAGCGAAAACUAGUCCAGUACUGUUGGCAUGGAAUUGCGUUUACGCAUUCUUUUCCAACGUCAUGUACUCGGUACUAUACGCUUACACGGCCGAGAUCUUUCCCACAAGAGAUAGAGGGACAGGUAACGCUUUGACGGCGGUCACCAAUCGUACAUUUGGUGUUGUCUCUCCCAUCAUUGCCAUGUUUGCAAACCUUAACACGUCGGCCCCCGUCUACACCAGCGGAGCCCUGUUUAUAGCAGCAGGUCUCUUGGCGCUUGUGCUACCUUACGAAUCCCGAGGAAAGGCAUCUCUGUAGACCCGCUAGACAUAAUGACAUGACUCUAUUAUGUUCCGUAAUAUUGUUGUACAUAUAAUCAGCAACGGAUAUCAUGUCAUCCUGCUUUCCACAUGAGAGCGUCGUUGAAGGCGGCUUUCAUGAUCUCGAAAGGAUGUACCCUAUAUUGCAUUUGGCAAUACACCGUAGAGAUAUAUGCUCACCAUGCUCGCCUCUCCGCAUAAGUACAAAUGCAAGUACUAAUGACAUA